CCUUUGGACGCAUCCUCUGCAAAUUACCCAGCAACCCUCUGAGGUGAGGCCGACAGCAUCCCCGCAUAGCUCGCGAUACACUUUUUCCCACCGCCUGAAUCGCGGCGUCACAUUUCCCAACUGCGUCGCACAGUUGUAAAAAAAAAGUGAGUUUGGGGGUUGUUUUUGGAUGGAUUACGCGAAUUCAUAGUGUAAUUUGUGGAAUAAAUACUGUGGAAUUGGCAAAGGUCACGAGGACAGCAGAUUUUCCGCCACACACAAGGAAUUGUCGAAAAUUCAUUUGCAGAUAGAGCGAGAAGCCAGGGCAUUAAGUGAUUUUCCUCAGACGAUAAACAAUGAACUGAGCUUGUAGCUUGAAAAGCUGAGAAAGUCUCUGGCCGGGAAAAGCACCGAUUCUGAGGGGGUGGGAAAAUGGGGAGAAUGUCGGUCACACAUGGUGCUUUGUAGAACAAAGCGGUGCUCAGGAGCGUCGCCAUGAGGCGACGACGAGUGACGCUGCUUCUGCUUGAGUUGAUCCUGGCGGUGGCCUUGGCCGCGGCCCGCGGCCCCCCGCCGCCCAUCCUGCGGCCGCGCGAGGGCGACCCCUUCGACAGCCUGCCGAAGAGCUUCUGGCAGGAGUUCUCGUCGCCCUUCACGGACUCCCCGGACGGCGGCGACACGGACGACAGCGCGGAGUCGCUGGAGACCACCACGCGCGAGCCGCAGCCCUUCUUCGAGGAGCCCGCGGCCGCGGCCAACGUCACCACGCAGCUCGGCAGCCACGUGCAUCUGCACUGCCGCGUGAACGACCUGCGGGAGAAAACGGUCUCGUGGGUGCGCCGGAAAGAGGACCAGCUGCAGCUCAUCACCUUCGGCCGCCACACCUACAGCAGCGACUCGCGCUACCAGCUCGAGUACCUGGCGCCCAACGACUGGCAGCUCCUCAUCCAGUUCGCCAACGAGCGCGACGAGGGCCACUACGAGUGCCAGGUGUCCUCGCACCCGCCGCUCGUCUUCCUCGUGCACCUCACCGUCGUGGUGCCGCGCGUCGAGAUCGUGGACGAGCGCGGCGGCGCCGGCGCCGACAAGUUCUACAAGGCGGGCAGCACGAUCGAGCUCAAGUGCGUGAUCAGCAAGGUGCCGCAGCCCACGACCUACGUCACGUGGAAGCACGGCCAGCGGAUGCUCAACUACGACACCAGCCGCGGCGGCAUCAGCGUCAAGACUGACCUGAAGCCCGGCGGAGCUGUGAGCCGACUCUACAUCGCCAACGCCAAUCGAUACGAUUCCGGCAACUACACCUGCUCACUGGCCGACGUCGCCGCGACCACAGUCACCGUCCACGUGCUCAAUGGUGAGAAUCCUGCCGCGAUGCAACACGGCUGUUCCACAACUUGGCCUCCGCUCGUCUCGACAAUGGUUUUCGCGUUCGCUUCCAAUCUGAUUUUCGUAUAUCGGUGACAGCUAUGGUUGUGCGGGAGCAAUAUUGUGUAAAUUCCUAUUUGCAGUGAAGCAAGAGACCAUUGUAUCAGUGAAUGAAGUCCUCAAGAGUCUCCGUAUGGUGAGAUGUGCACGUCAAAUUCAAGAGACAGCUUAACUCAAAGCUUAAAGUGACUUUGAACUUUAAAUAUUGCGUGGAUAUGAAGGAACUUUGUGGGGGGAAGAAAAAGGAGAUGGAAUAUCAGAUACGUAAACUAGUGAUACGGAGGAAUGUAAAGUUGAUGUUUGAAAGGUAAAUUAACAGUGUGUGUACUAUCUCGAAUUAUCUUGGAGAAUUAAAUGUUGAUAGAGUCAA